AUGGAAUAUGGCCAGUCAAACUAAUUGGCUACAAAAAAAAAAAUUUAGAGCAAAAAAUUGUCUUUGCAGGGCAAUCAGUUUGGCUGAAUAUAUAAACUUGAAGGAAAUCCAUGGACUUUUGGAGUUUUUAUGGUUUUUAAUGUAAUUUUUAUGAUUGUGGGGAUUGGGAUUGCAACAGUUGGGAUUUAUGUGGUUUUGGAUGUGUUGAGAGCUGACUGAUAUGAUGAUUUACCUUGGAUUGCUGAGUGAGAAUGGCUUGAAUGGAUUUGGGUAGACUUAUAGAGGUAGGAAUAUAAUAUAAGCUUUGCAGUUUUGGGUGUUGCAAUAAUUAUUUCAGCAAUCAUAGGACACAAAACAAGGUUCUCUCAAGCUGCUAUGAAUGUCUAUAUGAUUUCUUUGGCCUUUAUUUUUGCAGCGCAGUUAGCAUUUACUCUGGCAAUUGUCAUUUGGUCUAAUUUUACUCACUCCCUUUUGGAUAUUAAGGAAAACCAUUAAAAAAUUUCUAUUCCUAGGGAAAUUAAUUUUCCUUAUUUAGCAAGCAAACAAUUUUAUUUAAAUAAUAUGCUUUAUAUAAUAUAGGAUCUCCAGCUAAUUUUAUUAAAUUUUAAAACAGCAUGAUCCUUAAACCAUAACUUUAUAAAAAUUAAUUUAAAUUUUAAUAUUUUCAAAUAUAUAUAUAUAUUAGGAUUUUUUAAAUCCUAUAAAUUAUAUGUAAAGAAUUUUAUAGCCCCUUUGGUUAGCGAGCAAGUUGUUUUUGCUUGGUAAAGAAGGGAAGAGUCAUAAAAUUAAGUAUGGAAGUGCAUGGGCAGUUAGGAUUUUUAUGAUCAUUGCUACAACUAUUAUUGGAGUUUGUUUAGUUGUAGGGUUUCUUUAUAGAAAAAGUUUAAAUGAGGUGAAUUUUUCACAUAAAACAGCUCAUUCAUUAAGCUUACCUGGAAUUACACCCUUAGUAAGAGGAAGUAAUUAA